GUUGUGCUCGAAAAUUCUUGCCGUGCAGAUGAACAUGAAUGUCCUUUUGGUCGAACAAGUGUGGAGCUUUGCAAAUUACUAUGCGAAGUUCUGCAUAUUGGAGAACCUCCAAGCGAACAGGGGCAAAAUUUUCAUCCAAUGUUUUUCACACACGAUCAUCCAUUUGAAGAAUUUUUCUGUCUUUGUAUCGUUCUAUUAAAUAAAACCUGGAAAGAAAUGCGAGCAACGACGGAAGAUUUUGUUAAGGUGUUCUCUGUAGUAAAGGAACAAAUAACACGAGCUUUGGCUUGUCAACCUGCUAGUUUGGAUAAAUUCAAAACGAAGUUGCAGAUUUUGACCUACUCAGAAAUAACGAAUCUCUGGCAGCAAGAAAGAACAUCACGUGAAGAAUGGGAAUCUCAUGCAAGGCCUAUUGUUGAGCUCAAGGAACAAAUAACUCCAGAGAUUAUGGAAUUAAUUCAACAACAGAGACUUGGCUUUAUGGUUGAAGGAACUAGAUUCACAAAAUACUCUCAGAGGGGCCAGCGAAUAAAAGAUAAAUUCUGGUAUGUACGUCUGUCUCCCAACUAUAAAAUGUUUCAUUAUGGUGAAUGUGAUGAAAAAUCUGUUCCUGCCAUAGAAGAAUUACCCAAUAAGCUAGCUGUUGUGGAUAUCAAAGCUUUAGUGACUGGGAAGGAGUGCCCUCACAUGAAAGAUCAACGAGGCCGAAAGACAACCCAUCAAUUAGCAUUUUCCCUGAUGUUGGAUUCUGUUGAAUUAGCAUCUCUCGACUUUGUUGCUGCGGAUGAAGAAAUAUUUGAUUAUUGGACAGAUGGCAUUAAUGCUUUGCUAGGUAACAAAAUGUUGAGUAAAAAGACAGAAAAUGACCUUGAAACGUUAUUGUCUAUGGACAUUAAAUUACGCUUAUUAGAUGCUGAAGGCGUUGAUAUUCCACAAGAUCCACCACCAGUUCCACCAAAUCCUCCUAAUUAUGAUUUCUGCUAUGAUUCAAAGUGAUAAAUUUAGAAAUCGCUUAAAAAAAUAAUUUUCUUGUAUCAGAUUGCGAUGCAUGCACAUUUGUCAUGCAGAGUGUUAGUAUACUUUUCUCUGCAUAAUAGGCAAUUGAAUGCAUUCAGUCACAUUAACAGUUGGUCAUGCAAUGGAAAAAAUCAGUGAGGAAACAGUAUUUGCCACUGGAAUGAAAAUAUAUUGUUAAUUGUUUUUAUCCUUUACUUCAUGCUAUUUGUUCAAAUCAUGGCUGUACAUUUUAAGUAUUAGUAACAGUAACCAUAGCCAUAAGAUUAGAGUGUUCUUUAAAAUUAUAGUUCAUAACUAAUGUAGCCUGAUGUUUAAAUGCAAAAUACAUAAGAUGCCUGAUGUUUAAAUUAAGGAUUAAGUGGUGUACAAAAUACUAUUUGUUUUCGUAAUUCAUUUUAUUAAAAAUAGUAUCUUUCAGUUUGAUAUUUUAAUCGAUCAAAUAAGAAAAUACUACCAAAUUAAAGCAGAGUUUUCAGAAAGUUUUAUCAUUCUUUUAAAUGCUUCCUAUGUGCUUAAGUAUGUUUCUGGAAUGACUUUCUAGUAGAUUAUACUAGACUGACUUUUCUAGUAGAAUAUUUACAUAGGAUGUGCAACUUGACGUAGAUGUUGCUGUUCAAAAUAUUCUUCAAUUUAUAUAUAUUAUAAUAGCUUAUGACAAAAAAAUAAACAAAUUUAAUCACCUUGGGAUUCUGUAUCCAAGUUACUGCCAAUGACCCGAUUAAUAAGCUAAUAUGUCAGCUUUUCAAAAAAAUGGGAUAAAUAUACUUCUGGAUUCUCCUAAUCAUCCUCUACUAUUAUGUUCCAUCAGGUAAGUAAAAUUCUCUCUAGCUUUUAAGUAAUGGGAACAUGGGAAAGGACAGUAAAUUUCAUUAAAUCAAAAAUCCAUGUAAGUCAAGUUGUCUCAUAUUAAUUCACAACAAAUAUUUGG